UACAAUGUACGACAUAGCACCUCCUUCCCAAAUUUAACCCAUUUUGUCGAGGCAGUGGCACGAAGUUUGCGUCAACUUCUUGGAGGAGACUGGAGAAGCGAGGGAGGCGAUAGUUUUGCAGCCUCUUGCGAAAUGGUGUUGAUGAUCGAUCAAGCAGAAAGACUCCAGACUGCGCUAUCGUCUCCAGAAGUGGUCAAAUCCAUCAGAGCAGACAGAAGAGAUACCCGAAUCCAAAACAACUCGGAGCCUGACAAUGGGGAAGAGAGACAGAGGAGAGGAGGGACGCUCCCCAGCCAGCUUGGACUGGAUUCCGUGUUGUCCGUGGACACGGAGUCAGACCUCUCAGAAAGCAGGAAGAAACCAUCCCUCAUGAGGUUUAAAGCCGUCGACCAGCCCUCCUUCUUGCAAAGUCCGUUGGACUGUGAUUCAAAGGCAGAGAGGAAGAAAUCACAGUACAGCCAGUUUUCUAAAGCAAACGCACAGUAUCAUAAGCUCUUCAAAGAAAUGAGCAAGGAUGAGAUACUCAAACAAAGUUAUACCUGCGCUUUGCAGAAAGACAUUCUUUAUCAAGGAAGGCUUUUUGUCUCUGAUAACUGGAUUUGUUUUCAUUCCAAGGUGUUUGGCAGAGAUACCAAGAUUGUUAUCCCUGUUCUCUCCAUCACUCUUAUAAAGAAAACAAAAACAGCCCUUUUGGUGCCAAAUGCUCUUGUUAUCACUACUACAAAUGAAAGGCAUGUAUUUGUAUCAUUUCUGUCCCGAGACACUACGUACAAGUUCCUCAUUUCAGUCUGCGUUCACUUGCAUAGAGAGAAUGUGGGCAGCACGCCCGUCACAUCAUCAGCUGAGAACAGCUUCAGAGGGGACUGUCCGUCAUCACUUCCUUUGGACUUUUCUGCUGAUUUCUCUGACCUUGAUGGAGUGGUGCACCAGAGGAGGCAGGACAUGCUUGAGAGCAGCAGCUCAGGAUCCCAGACUCCAGACUAUGAGAAGAUGACUGAGUUUCAGACGCUCUCUGAAAACUUCCUUGGCACAAUGAAGUCGGGUGAGAUGGCUGUCCAUGCUGACAUUCACCUGCCGGCCACCACUAUGAAGCAGCAUAAUGCCCUAGGCCCCGGAAAGGCCGCGUCAGGAACCGGUCAGCAGGAGCAUUUCCCACGGCCGCUGUCCCUCAACACUCUUCUACUCGUCUACUUGUUUUUGGUGUGCUUCCUUUUCUUGUCAUCCUGUUACAUGGCCUUCAAGAUCACGGCUCUAGAGCAGCGGCUGAACUCGCUGGGCUCACUAGGUGAACACUCACACAGGGAAAAUGCUGUUCAUCAUCAUGCCCAAUUAGAGGUGAACGCAGAGAUUUACGGAGAGCUGUCUACAAACCUGUUCAAAUUAGAAAAAAUUCAGAGGAACCUGCGCAAGCUGCUUGAGGAGGGCUGACUGGCCAAAUGGAUGCAGUGUCUUCGGUUUUGUUUUACCAUUUAAAUGACUCCAUCUUGAAGAAGAGGACUCAUCACAGUGCAAUACUGUAUCUACUCAGGACCACUCAACAGACUUUUUUUUUAAUGAAUCAUAGCAUUUCAUUAGUUAGUGAAAGGGAAAAAAAGACUUUAAGUACUUUAGGGGAAUUAGGAAGGCUCUAGAGGGGGUAGGAAUAAAUGGGUCCCAAGGACUCGGGUUAGUGUGUUUCUAACAUUUGGGAAACAAAUAAUCUGAUAUGAUGAAUAGUUACUUUUUAGAAUUGCCAAUAAAAAUAUUUAUAAAUUG